CAAUGUUGUGUUCAGAUCUUUAUUUCUUAUGCAAAACACGAUCGGCAUUAUUCCAGCACAGGGGUAUAAGCCGAAAAACAAAACGUCCGUGAAAGCAGCUAAAUGGUUGCGGUAUAGGGCGGAGCGUGACAAUGUCUUUAUACAGCAUGCUCAUAAUCAGGGAGAAAAGAAAAUAGGAAAGUUUGUCGUUGAUGGUUGGGCGUCAACAACUAACACUGUCUACGAGUAUCAGGGGUGUUUUUGGCAUGGGUGUCCAAAAUGUUACAACAGUUACAAUAUCAACAAUGUCAAUUUGAUGACAAUGGGUGAGUUGUUAGAAAGGACGGUGGAUAAGAAACAUGCGCUUCAAUCUUUAGGUUUCAACUACAUAGAGGUAUGGGAGUGUGAGUUUGACAGGGUCAUACGGGAGGAUGCUGGCGUGAAAGAAAUAGUGGAUAGCGUGAACGUUGUCGAUUGUAUUGAUCCUCGUGAAGCCUUUUACGGGGGCAGGACGAACGCAGUCAAGCUUUUUUGUCAGGCAGAUCAGGGACAGAAAAUACGUUACAUUGACGUGUGUAGUCUAUAUCCCUAUGUCAACAAAUACAAACCAUACCCCCUCUGUCACCCCACCAUCAUAACCGAAAACUUUGGUCCUCUUAGCGAGUAUGAAGGUUUAGUCAAAUGUACUAUUCUUCCUCCUCACGGCCUUUAUCAUCCUGUCCUUCCCUAUAGAUCACAAGGGAAACUAACAUUUCCUCUUUGUCGCACAUGCGCUGACACACUGCAGCAGUCACGGUGUGAGCAUAAUGACGAAGAGCGUUGUAUGACAGGUACAUGGGUUACGGUCGAGUUAAAAAAGGCCGUUUCCAAGGGCUAUGUGAUUAAACAAAUGCACGAGGUCUGGCAUUAUGAUCAUGUUAGCGAAUACAACCCAAUCACCAAAACGGGGGGUCUUUUCUCUGACUAUAUCAAUACAUUUCUCAAGCUCAAACAAGAGGCCAGCGGCUAUCCACCAGAGUGCACGACACCACAGCUCAAAAGAGACUACAUUGCUUCCUACUUCACCAAAGAGGGCAUUCGACUAGACCCUAACCAAAUUAAGAAGAACCCAGGUCUGAGGGCUUUGUCUAAACUGAUGCUUAACAGCUUUUGGGGCAAAUUCGGUCAACGAAUGAACAUGACACAGUCCGAAUACGUCACCGAGGUGGACGAGUACUUUGCACUGCUGUUGAACAAAUCCGUCGAUGUCACCAACGUGAUGUUUUUAACCGAUGAUAUGGUGGAGGUACACUACAAACACCAAUCUGAGUUUAAUGAAUGCUCCGAUAAGACCAACGUCGUCAUAGCCGCGUACACCACCGCCCACGCUCGUAUGGUUCUUUACAGCGCCAUAGAGGUCCUGGAUCGAAACGUUCUUUACUUUGACACGGACUCAAUCAUCUUCCUGGACGAUGGCAGUGCACAAACCAACGCCUACCUAAAUACCAUCAUGGGCAUUUGA